AUGUCGUCGGACCGGGUCCUCUUCCACUGCCCCUGCUGCGAGCCCGUCUCCGUCAAACGACCACCUCCGUCCGAAGCGCCCCUAUCGACGUUUGGGCACCACGAGCUAUCGUCCCUCCUCUUUUGCGAGGAAUGCGAUGCGAUUAGAUGCUCGACCUGUGUCGCAUUCGAGAUUGCGUGUUGGUACUGUCCGACGUGCUUGUUCGAAGUGCCGUCUGCUUCGGUGCGAGGGGAGAAGAACAGGUCGGUUUGCGGAACUGAGCUCACUGGGAAGGUCGCCUCGGAACCAGAGCACACGAGAUAAUCGACUGAAUAUUCUUCCCUGCUGCAUCAGAUGUGCGCGCAACUGCUUCCAAUGCCCACAAUGCUCGCACUCUCUCUCGGCGUUCCCGUCCGACCCAGACCCUUCGCACCCUCCAGCCUCAGCUGCCGCCUCGAUCGGUGAAGCACCUUACUUCCUUGCGUGCACCGUCUGUCGAUGGGAUUCAAAGUCAGUCGGAAUCGUCUUUGAUAAGCCGACCGGUCUAGCGCGUGAGUUUAUUGGAUGGUGCUCUGGACUCUGUGAACACUCGGGGCCCCACCCACUGAGUAUUGGUCCCGAAUAUCGUCAUUCCCGGGCUCCAUUAGAACAACUGCAGAAACUCGACGACGGUUCAUCCGAGCUGACCGAAUUCGAUCGGCUCAAAGAUCAUUUCGAGCCCUACAUCCGACGAGGACAAGCCCACGCCUCAGCCUCGACCACCACUGGAACUCUGGCCCCCAGCACGAUGCCUGCUUCGACCUCGUCGACGAUCGCUUCUUCAGUCCUCAAGGAUAUUCCAGGAUUGGGGAAUCGCUAUGCUCAUCUUCUUGGUGGGAUGGGGACGAGGAGUGGGAAAGGUGCUGAAGCGGUCAAUGGUGCAAGGGACGAGUUGGAGCCCUAUGAAGCUCUUGUCCCGGCCAAAGGGUCGGUGGAGAAAGGGAAGGGAGUAGAGCGGGACGAUGAACUCGUACGCAAGAUGGAGAGCUUGCAGGACUUUGAGCAGGUCGCUGCACUUGAGAAGAGGUGGACGAAUAGCUGGGACGCGUUGGAGUUGAGAGGGGUCAUGGCUGAGUGAGUUCCUUCCACCUCUGGACGCGAGGCGACAAGUACUGAUAUCACAUUCCCCGACGGGUCGCCACUCCACAGCUCACUUCGACCUCUCCGAACGCUACUUCAGGCCAAGCGAUCCAAACGCUGUCCGAUCUGCAAGCACAUCCUGAUCAAACCUGAACAGAAGGCCGCCUCGACCCGCUUCAAGAUCAAGCUCGUCGCGUCCAACUACCUCCCUUCCAUCGACGUCUACCGUCGACCCCCCGCAACGAUUGGAAGUCGACUGAGCGCGAUCGCGGCGGGUACGGCUUCGUUACGUCGUGCUGGACCAAGGGGGAGUGGGAUUGGGGCUUCGAUUAGUGGUCCGAAGGGGAUGGUCGAGAUGGAUGAGGAACCGCUCAGACCGGGGAGGACGUAUACAUUCGAAUUGUCGUUCACGAAUCCGCUAUACGAGUCUAUUCAAGUUCGAUUGGCUGUUGCUCGUCCGACGGCUUCGACCAAGGCAGUGGGAUCGGCGAGGACGGAUAUAGGGGCCGAUUCAGGUGUAUCGACGCUAGCUACGGCUCCCCCGCCUUACGCAGUCAAUCUACCCUCGGGCUACUUCCCCAUCUCGGCUUACGCGGAAGAAUGGGAGUUCGAAGACGACGACCAAAGGAUGGACUCGGACGACCAAGAUUCCGAGGAGAGUGCGGGUGGUGGAGGGGGUGGGGAGGGAGGGGACGCGCCGAAGAGUAAAAGGGCGAGGAACGCGGCGAUGGGGAUUGUCGAGAGGAAGAUGAAUAGGACGACGGUGGCGAUGGAGGUUGCUGUAGGUAGGGAAACGGUUGGGCCUAUUAAGGUGAGUUGAACUGGUCUAUGGGAUCGACGUAUGGUGCGGCUCACCGACGGCACUCUUGGCUCUCGGAUAGGCCAACAUGCUCGUCACUUACGUCUACCACAACGGGGAAUCAACCUCUGCCCCGCCCGGGUCACCCCUCCAGUCCCCCGUCAAAGGUGGGACAGGAACGGGAGGGGGGACCAAGUCGGCUUCUUCGGAUGUCAAGACGUUCACUUUCUGGACAUUGUUCAACCUCGGGACGGUAACGCCGCGAACAACGGCUGGGUCGAGCGAGGCGAGGAAGAGUUUCAUAGUUCCCAGUUCGAGUGGUUGA